CGAAGGGCGGCCCGAAAGCGUGAUAUCGGGGGAGUUCCUCGAUGCGCGGGCCGUGGGGUCCGCACGGAGUUGUCCCGUGCGCUGUGGGAACGGGAGCGGCGUCCUCAGCAUCCUCGUCACCUGAACACGAAAGUGAUGAUGAUUCCUAUGAAGUGUUGGAUCUAACGGAAUAUGCAAGGCGUCACCAUUGGUGGAAUCGUUUGUUCGGCCGGAAUUCAGGACCAAUUGUAGAAAAAUACUCCGUAGCUACACAGAUCGUGAUGGGUGGAGUGACUGGCUGGUGUGCGGGAUUUUUGUUCCAGAAAGUCGGAAAGCUUGCAGCAACUGCAGUAGGUGGUGGCUUUCUUCUGCUUCAAAUCGCUAGUCAUAGUGGAUAUGUACAAGUUGACUGGAAGAGAGUUGAGAAAGAUGUAAACAAGGCAAAAAAACAGUUAAAAAAGCGUGCAAAUAAGGCAGCACCUGAAAUCAAUACUCUAAUUGAAGAGUCAACAGAAUUUAUCAAACAGAACAUCGUGGUCUCCAGUGGAUUCGUUGGAGGCUUUUUGUUGGGCCUUGCAUCGUAAGGAUCUGAAUCAUCUCUUCGUGAUGGCAUUCGCGUCAAAGAACAGUUGUGGUGACACACUGUCAGAAAGCAGUGUGGAUCACUGGGCCCUCCAGAGCAAGAUGAGAGGACUAGGUAGACAACUUGGAAGCUUUUACAUUUUAGGCUUCUGCCUCUUGAAGCUUGGCAAAACUAGGAUUUGCUGAAAAACUGCAGCGUGCUCAUUAAAAGCAUUUCUGGGCAAAACUGGUUCAUCGUCAUCAUGACUUUUUAUCUAUGACCUUUCAAGAUCUAGCAUUUUUAAAAUGUUAUUCUUGGAAUAUAGGAAUGUAACCAUAUUGUAAGAAAGAAAGCUCCAUUUCUAUGUUUGCAAGUAAAUACUGUUUAUUUUGAAAGUAUUUUUCUUCAUGCUAUAGUAGAUAGUAUCAAUGACUGCAUAAUGUAUAUGAUACUGUAGUUCCAGCCUCACGGCUGGUUGUGUUCUUCAAAGUCACUGCAAUAAUCUUUAAAUCUGUAAUACUCUUUCUAUGGAGUAUUAAAUAACAAAGAAUCAUGAGCUCAUUAAAGGUGAAAAUUAACUUUGACUCUGGCCAUUGUAUGCAUAGAGAAUGUCUCAUUUCAUAGCCUGUGGGCAUCUGGUACGAAUAUUUGCAAGUUACCUGUGAUUCCUGUUUUAAGUGCAUGUCUACACUGUUUUUCACAGAUGUGUAGACAUGGAUAAACUCACUGAUAAAAUUGUAGUGCACAGAUAAUUGUUGCAAAUGCAGACUCCACAAUGAUCUGAUGCUUAAUUGUUUCAUACACAGUAAACUGUGGAGGUCAUUUCAGACGUGAGUAAACAGUGAAAUGAAGUGCUGAAGCUUCUGGUAUGAGCACUUUGCAAGGGUUAGUACUUCACAGGGCUUGGUAUCAUGUCAUCAUGAUGUACCUUGAAUGAGCCCAAGGCUUCUCCUACAGCCCCUUUUAGCUGGAACUGAAAUCAGAGGUGAUGCUCACUUUCAUAUUCACCUCUAUUGCCACUAUGUUCUGCCCAACGUAGACUUUUUUUUAAAUCUGACUUCCAAUUCCUAGAUUGUCAGCUGUGGAAAAGCUAGGGUACAGAUUGGGUUCAGUCAGCUUAUUGGAAGAGUGCCUAUUUCUUCUGAAGUCUGGCAAAGCAAAUGGAACUGCUGGAUGUGGUUGUUCUCCAUCAUUGACAGAUCAAAGCGGGAGGCAGACUCUAAAGGAGAUUGGAAGCAUAGCUGUAGAAAGGCUGGAAAAUUAAUUCUGAAGCAGGGUUUUAAAGUGGUUUAGGUAAUUUGUUGCAAGAUUAUCUUCAAGAAGUUGGGAAUCCAAACACGUACUUUGUACAUGUUUCUGCAUUUCAGGCUUGUGAACCUUUUACCCAGGGCCCUGUUUUUUCUGCUUAAAUAUUCCACCAACAAGUUAAUGUGAAACUGAGCCUGCCUCAUGCAGGUUGUGCUGGGUUCUCAUUUAAACAUUUGAACUGUGGUAGUGAUGCAUUAGCAUCUGAUGGCUGAAUGUGAAGUUCUGACAUGUAGGACAUGUGAUGAACGCCCAUCAGGUGGACUGUACAGGAAAGGCCUUUGCUGUUGUAAGCUAACAUAUUUAGAUUAGGGCAACUGUGGACUUCAGAGGCCUGUACUGUAGGUUAACUUCAUGUGCAUGCAUCUGGCCAGGGUAAGUUCUGAAGCACGUCAUGCAUGCCUGCCAUGCUUAAGGAUUUAGUUAAGCUAAAACCUCUUGAAGACUUUGUGGAUGUUAAAACACAAAGAAAACAAAUAAACCCCACAAGAAAAGAAAAAAAAAAAAGAAACACUAACGAACACAACCACAAAUAAUGUUAACAUCUGAAGGUUUUUAGUUUUUAGAAGGUGAAUUUCUACAGCAAUGUAAAAAUUGUUGCCAUUUAUUGAAAGGGAGAAGCCCAGAGAAGGCCGGCUCAUCUGGGAUUAAAGAAUGACGAAAAUAGUACAGUAUGGAAGUUUCUUUUCCUUAGUAUUCAAUGCAAGCAAUGUUGGGAAGGUGAUCACUGUAUUGUUUUCUGCUGAUGCAGUUAAUAGAUUUUGGCAUCUCAGGAGCUGGUGCACAUCACACAGACUGGUUGGGGGGAGCUUGGAUGUUUUGAAGGGAUCUGAAAAUGAAGUGACCAGCCCAAUACAAAGACCCAUAGACGAGCAUUUAAAAAGCAUUCUAUUCCACAGAAGGGUUUCAAGGUAGUGUAUUGUAGAGUCCUUUCUAAAAAGGCUGCUGUGACCAAGGAAUGUGCUUCAUAGUUAAAAGCAGAAUUUAAAAUAACUUUCAUAGCAGUCUGUAAGCCCAAUUUCUGCUGAGGAAUGUUUUGCUAUCCUAUUGCUGUUAUCUGAGGUUCUCAGUGAAUAAAAAACUACAUGAUUGAA